GUACAGUGCUUGUGCAUUCAAGUUAGGCCUGUUCUCAUUCUCCAUUCAUAGUUCGUAGUCAAUUCCAAUUGUUCCGUUCCGUGCAACGGCAACAGUUACAAGCAUUCAUUUAUAGACUACGAAAAAUUGCUUUUUCAAAAUGUCCAACGAAAAGUUCGACCUGCAAAAAGUGCACCAAAGUUUUCAGCAGUGCCUAGUCGGAGAGGAGGACGUAUCCAUUGACGCUUACUUGGAGGCCUUCAAGGAACUGUACAAAUUUUUCUCCCUGAUGGGGACGAUUUUCGGUUUCGUCAGCAGUGAUGUCAAGGAGAAGGUGGAAAUUCUGCAGAAACUUCGGCUGCAGAAGGAAAAUGCCGAAAAAUUCGAGAGCAUUCGAAAAAUGAUGGAGUACGAACGGGAUGCCAAUCUGUUGGAGAAAAAAGAUUACGUGUCCGGUUGUCGGACGCUCCUACGGCUUCAUCGAGGUUUAGAUUUCAUCUACGUCUUCCUGAAACGACUGGGCGAGCUGAGCGAAGGCGACGCCAAAACGAACACCAUCUGCCAGACGGCGUACAACGAAACGCUGGCCCAGUACCAUCCGUGGCUUAUCCGAAAAGGUGCCGUUGUGGCGAUGUACGCACUGCCCACGCGCGAUCAGCUGCUGGAAAAGGUAUGUCUGGAUGCGAGUGUAGCUAUUUCGCUGCUACCGGAGAUGUUAUCCGUCGGCCGGAAGGUAUACGAUCGGACCCAGGAACUGUACACACAGUUCGACAUGCAUGGGUUACCAUAAAAACGAGAACGGUGACAACAACCCCGGGGUGGGCGGGGGGAAAGGGAAACAACGCGCCGUUGGACCAUUGAUCGAUUCCAGAGGGUUUAGCUAAGGUUCGGUUUAGGCAUAUAUAUAUUGUGAUAGCGAAAGUAUUUUUAGCAGAUUUUUAUUGUUUUAGAUGAAUUGUUUUUUGUUAAUUUUAUAUUUAUUUAAGGUAGCGAAAAAAUGGAUUGGGAAUCCUAAAAGUUGAGGCUCAAUUGUUAUGUUGUUUAACGGUUUCUUCUUAGGAGGUCAAAUGAGAGUAGCUUAAAGUUAUUCGAUAUUGCUCAAUCUGUAAUUCUAUGGCUCAUAAUCGUGCACUACGAUUUGCAAUCCUGGUACGUUACGAAAUAAGUGCGGAAUGUAACAUAUAGCGAAGUAACGAGAUCAUAAAACGGCGGCGUUUUUUCCGAAGCGGCAUUUUCGAUUUUGAAUUUUCUUUAAUGCGAUGCAGUCUGCCGACAUUCGAGCAACUUAUUUAAACUAGUUUAUAUAUUCUCUACAAUAUUCUUGGUCCUCGAAUUUCUUCGGUUGUUUUCAUGUAAAGUCCCAACGAGUGGUUUCCUUUCGAUGCAGUUUAUGUAACCUUGAUCCGCAGAUGGUGAUGCUUUAAAGGCAUAACGGUAUUGUACAACCCGUAGUUAAGGUUGCACAGAGAAUGCGCAAAAUUCGCAAAUGAAAAAAGCAGUUUCCCUCCACUCCGUAUGUCAGAUCUUCAUAAAAAUCAAUCAGCAGUACUGUAACAACAUUCUACAUACGCUGAUUGAUUUUUAUGAAGAUCCGACAUACGGUGUGGAAAAAUUUUGCGAAUUUUGCGCAUUCUCUGUGCAACCUUAAGGCGGCAGAUGGAACCUUCUCCAGUAGAAUUUGAGGACUUCUUGUUGGAGUCUUUCUCUUGGUUGAUUUUCUUGCCGCAUUCAUUUCUCAUCGUUUCAAUCAUUAAUUUUCAAUUCGUUUUCCGUUAAGCAUGGUCCAAAAAACCGACGUCGAAACAGAAUGACGAGUUUGUUCCAGUAUUUAGUUGUUGCUUUGAACGUUAUCAUUGGAAGCAAUUUAGUCCUAGUGCAUUCAUUUGAUUUCACGGCAGCUGUUCUUCUAUCUAGCUUUUUGAAAGCCAACCAUAAAAGCUUUUGGUGCUUUUUAUCAGUAGAAUCAAUACUCGCUGGUCGGUAGAGAACUGUCAAACAAAUUGGCUAACUGUAGCUGAAAAACUAAUUUCGAGUUCUUUAUCUACUUGAAAAUCGCUUAUCAGACAUAGCUUGGUACAUGAUUCCGUUCGUUGAAAUGGAUGUUGAUAUUUUGGCCAAGUAUUUGUGAGAUGCUCCGAUGGCUGCUUACUAGCAGGCAGCUGUGAUGUUUGACCAUUUUUAUUUCAUCUGAUUUUUACGGCUGUUAAAAUUACUAACACAUGUGUGUUGGGCUGUCACCAAAGUUAGCUCAUUCACCCCUGAUGCAGGGUUGCCAUUUGUACAGAUUUUUAGAAGCAAAUGUAGAUCUACAGAAUACAGGUUAUAAAUAUUAAAUACUCAAUACCGAUUCUGUAAAAUAUCGAAGUCUGACUAUUUUGUAUUUAAAGAACGUUUGAAAUAUUCGAAUGCAAAGCUAUUUUUAAAAUUUCUUUGUUUUGUGAAUAUAGAUCAUAGAUUUUUUUAUAAAGGCAAAACGGACUUUCAAAAUCGCUGCUCCAAUUUUUGCUUUUAAGUGAUACUAGGUUUGUUCCAGAUCCAGGAUAAACUAGAAGUAUUCCGGGGAAAAUCCUUGUUGUAUUCGUUUCUGCUCGGUUUUCUUCUUGUGAUAGCGAACCGGAGUUAUAACGAGCAAGAUUUAUUGUUCCUAGUUAUUUUGGAGCAAUUGAAAGCAAAAAGCGAAUACUGGAACAAAGCAUAGUUUUUUCUCGUAAAUUAGUGAUCUACAUAAUUUAAAAAAAACUAUUGACGUACACACUACACUUGCUCAAAGUUCCAACUCCGACUGACUGACUGACUGAGGUGUUUCUCUUCAGUGGGUACAAUAUUCCGAUGAAAUAAAUUGUGCAUUAACUUCCUCCUGUCCUCAAAGUCUCAAAGUUGGCAUUUUCAAAUAAUGUUGCACAUAUUACAUACAAUAUUCUAUUCGGUAGCCUCUGACGGUUGUCUCGAUUUUGUAGGCACUAAUCCUUUUUCGGAGUGUCCACGUCGGCGUCAAUGGUGAAACGCUCUUUCUCUGCAAGGCAACGUUAUCCUUUCUGACGUUGUUGUCUACUUGGAAGUCCUCUCCGUGUGGCUGCUGAUGCGAAGUAGAAGAGUGCGUAAAAAGUUCUGUGAUUUUUCAUUUCAUCACGCACACUUUUUUCACUUUACUCACGACUCGGUCCGAUGAAAUAAGUCGUGCAUUAACUCAUGCCUCAGUUCUCUAGCAAUUUGUGUAGUUCUUUCUGUGUCCGUUGUUGAUUUCGAUCAGCAUCAGCAUUCGGCAUGUUUCGAGUGUUUUUCGCGGGAGAUAAGUGAUUGCUUGUACUGCGGUACAAAUUUAUAAGGGACAUAUAGAGGAUAUCACGACUUACGAAGUUGAGAAACGGCUGUAGUCUUCGUUUUCUGAUUUUGGUUUUAUAAAUCAGCCUUUGUCUUUUGUUUCUGGUUUAUAAAACACACGCUUUCUGAACACAUUUUUCUAUGACCUGCAUCGAAAAAUUCUUUUAAAAUUGCUGUCUUUUUACUGUGCACCGUGUCCGUGGUUGAUUUCGAUCAGCAUCGGCAUUCGGUUUGUUGCGAGUGUUCUUCGCAGGAGAUAAGUGAUUGCUCGUACUGUAGUACAAAUUUAUAAGGGACAUAUAGAGGAUAUCACGACUUACGAAACGACUGCAGUCUUUGUUUUCUGAUUUUAGUUUUAUAACUCAAUCUUCGUCUUUUGUUUCUGGUUUUUUAACACAUCCGCUUUUCGAACACGGUCUUCUGUGAUCCGAAUCUGAAAUUCGUUUCAAAUUGUUGUAUUUUUACUGUGUACCGUAU